CCCAAAAGGUGUGCCCCCUUCUAUGUGCUUUUGAUAAGGCAGGCAGAGUGUGUUUUGCUCGUGUCCUAUGUCUUCCCACACUUGGUACUGAAAAACCAUGGAGCCUCCUCAUUCUCUCACUACUUAGAGCUUAUUUUCUCUCUCUUAUUUGCUAGAGGAGAUGGAUGCCCUCAAAAUGCAGUCUUGGAUAUCUCUCUCAUCCAAUCUGAGGAAGCCAAGACCUAAUGGAACUCCCUUCCUCCACCAAAUUGAAACCUCUAAAAGAAGAGAGGUGGUUUGCCUUGGGAUGUUAGCACCAAGAAAGUUUAUGCAAAGGAGGAGAAAAAUAGAAGUUUUUAAGGAUGAGGCAGAUGAGGCCGACCAGAAGAAUUGGAGGAAAGUGAUGCGAGACAUUGAGGAGUCAGGUUCAGCUGUCUCAGUUCUCCGAAACCAAAGGUCGAGAGGUCAAGCUUUGCCGAAAGACCUGGUUUUGGGCACUCUAAUGAGAUUCAAGCAGCUUAAGAAGUGGGACCUUGUCAGUGAGAUUUUGGAAUGGCUAAGGUGCCAACAUUGGUGGGACUUCAAUGAGAUGGAUUUCCUAAUGCUUAUUACAGCUUAUGGAAAACUUAGGGAUUUCAAUAAAGCCGAGAGGGUCUUAAGAUAUAUGAACAAGAAGGGAUAUCCUCCCAAUGUGGGCUCUCACACCGCCGUUAUGGAAGCAUAUGGGAGAGCUGGUCAAUACAACAAGGCAGAAGCCAUAUUUCGAAGAAUGCAAUCUUCUGGCCCUGAACCCUCAGCCUUGACAUAUCAAAUAAUACUCAAGACUUUUGUUGAUGCUGGGAAGUUCAAAGAGGCGGAGGAGAUCUUUAAUAGCCUUCUGGACAAUGAGAAUGCACCACUGAAGCCUGAUCAAAAAAUGUACCACAUGAUGAUUUUCAUGUAUCGGAAAGCAGGAAACUAUGAGCAAGCUCGUAAAUUAUUUGCAGACAUGGGUGCUAAAGGAAUGACACAAUCUACGGUUACUUUUAACAGUUUAAUGUCCUUUGAGACCAAUUUCAAGGAGGCUUCGAAUACAUAUGACCAGAUGCAAAGAGCUGGCCUUCAGCCUGAUGUUGCAAGUUAUUCACUGCUGAUAAGUACUUAUGCAAAGGCCAGAAGGGAAGAUGAAGCACUUGCGGUAUUUGAGGAGAUGUUGGAUGCCGGUGUGAGGCCUACUCGUAAAGCAUAUAAUAUUCUACUUGACGCAUUCGCCUUAACUGGGAUGGUAGAGGAGGCUAGGACUGCGUUCAAAAGCAUGAGAAGAGACAAGUGCCACCCUGAUCUAUGUUCGUAUACCACCAUGUUAGCUGCAUAUGUGAAUGCAUCUGAUAUGGACGGAGCAGAGAAGUUCUUUGUGAGAAUGAAGAGAGAUGGUUUUGAGCCCAACGUCGUGACAUAUGGUACACUCAUGAAAGGUUAUGCCAAAGUGAACAAUCUAGAGAAGAUGAUGGGUAUAUAUGAUGAGAUGAGGAUGCAUGGGAUCAAGGCAAAUGUGACAAUCUUUACAAUUCUCAUGGAUGCUCAUGGCAAGCAAGAUUUUGGAAGUGGUAUUGUUUGGUACAAGGAGAUGCAGUCCAAUGGGUGCAUGCCUGACCAAAAAGCAAAGAAUAUCCUCUUGUCUCGAAAAACACCAGAGGAACAAAAGGAAGCAAAGGAACUGAUGAGUGAUGCCAUGAAAGAACACGUGGAUGGAACGGUUAAUGAAUUGCAUCUUGUGUCGGAUGAUGAUGAUGAUGAUGAUAAUGGCAAUGGUGAUGGUGGUGGUGAUGAUGAUGACGAUGAUGAUGACGACGACGACGACAUUGCAGCAGAAUAUCCUUUUGUGGGAGACUUUGAAAAAGUUUCACAAGAAUAGAGGCAACAACUUUCCAUAGUUCCUGUUGAUGCUAAAAGGCGAGAAUCUCUAUGGUAUAGCAGAGUUUGAUUUGAACUAGUUUCCAUGUAACAUAGUCACAAACUGAUUUUCCCGAGGGAAAAGUUUAUAUAGAGCCGAGGCUCUAAACAAUCAAAUUUGUGCCUACCUCAAAAAGUUCACUA